AUGAACUCGGAACAUGAGAUGGAUAUAUUACAAAAAAAAAUAUCUUCACCCAGCUCCACAAACACCCUACUCCCCGUUCGUUUAGGCCACAGUGCUCUCUUCUACAAUCAACACAUUUACUUCUUUGGUGGUCUUCAAAAAACAGUCUCUUCCAUUCGUCCUCUCGAAUUUGUCGAUGAUUUGGUUCAAGUCCAUUCUCUCACUCAUGAAAUUACAAAUCUCACCUCCUCUCGUCAUCCGAAUGAGGGUCCAUGUGCUCGAAAUUUUCACACCACGGUACUGAAUACGUCUUCAAAUGAAAUGAUUCUUUUCGGAGGAAAAUCGAAUGGAUUUCUCAAUGAUGUUUGGAGUUUUAAUUUCGCAACUGGCAGUUGGAGAAGAUUGGAUUGUGAAAAUUCUCAAUUGAUCACUCCAAGAUAUGGACAUUCGAGUGUGAUUUAUGGAGAUUCCAUGUUUGUAUUUGGCGGAUAUGAUAAUAAUGCAUUUACAAGCAAGGAAUUGUUUGAGUUGAAUUUGAAGACUUUUGAAUGGAAGAGCGUUGGAUUGAAGUUGUCAAAUGCCAAAGAAGGUGUUGAGCAAGAAGUGAGUGGUCGAUUCUAUCAUGCUUCAGCUCUUGAUGAAGAGAAUGGAGAUUGGUAUUUGAUUGGUGGAAAAUCCUCCAAUGGUCUCACCAAAGAUUUCAUUAAAAUCAAAUUAUCCACCCUGUCAACCGUACCUGUCACAUCAUCAGACAAUGAUAACAAGGAUUCCAAAUCCGUAGAAUUUGAAUUUAUUGAAAGUUCUGACGAGAAUGUUUUAAGAUAUGGUCAUUCAUGCAUUCUUGAAAAGAUUGGAAAUCAAAAAAAGAUUUACAUGAUGGGUGGUUGCAAUCAACAAGUUGACUUUUUUGAUUGUUAUUGUUUAGAAUUGAAUGAUGCUUCUCAUCCGUCAUUAUGGAAGAAGGUGAAUGCCAAUGAACAUGUUCUUGCUCAACUGUUUAAAGAACCUUCCAAGUCUACGAGUAAUGAAAGUACUCAAUUUGAAGCCUUUCCAGUUUUUCACACCAUCACUCGUUAUGUGAAUGUCAAUGAUCAAAGUAUUUCCUAUUUUGUCUUUGGAGGAACUUUACAAAAAACUCAAGUGGAAACUACUUCCACAAAACAGAACGCUGUUGAGAUUGUGAGCACAACAAACAAUGCCAAGAAACAAGUUGAAGAAAUGGAACUUCAUUACAAGGAAUUUGAAGACAUGCUCAAUGAUGACAUUUUCAGAAAAAUUCUUUCCUAUUUGCAAUGUGUUGAUUUGAUGAGAUUACAAUUGGUGAGCAAAAGAUUGAGAAUUUGUCAACUCACGACAGAGGAUCAAUAUUGGAAAGAUUAUUACAUGAAAAAGAUUUCUGAUUUGAGACAAGCGACAGCUAUUUAUUAUUACGACACGAGUGCCAGACAAAUGCUUUGGAGAAAUGAUUCACAAUAUGAUCAUUUACCAAAUCGAAGUGAGAAUUUUAAACAAGGAUUGAUCGAAGUGUUUAAAACAUUCAUAACCAAAGCUGAGAAGAGCUCGAAACAAUUGACAAGUGACCUCGAGAGACUUUCUUUUGUAGCACCCAAAAGAAGAUUUUUCACACCAGAUGAAAUCUUGGCCUAUCCUAACGAGGAUAUCAAUUUUGGUUCUCCAAAAGAUUUUAAAUGUGUAACUAUUGGAGAUGGAGCCACAGGAAAGACGAGCAUGUUAAUUACUUACACCACCAAAACGUUUCCUGUAGACUAUGUUCCAACUGUCUUUGAUAAUUAUUCUCACCCAAGUACUUUUAUGCCUAAUAUGAAUUUGGGUUUAUGGGAUACUGCUGGACCAGAGGAUUAUGAUCGAUUGAGACCUCUAAGUUAUCCAUGUACAGACCUCUUCCUUCUCUGCUUUAGCAUUGUAUCCAAGGCCUCUCUUCUCAACAUUUCCACAAAAUGGAUUCCUGAAGUUAGUCAUUAUUGUCCAGAUUGUCCAGUUCUACUUAUUGGUACUAAAAAAGAUUUAAGAACAGAUCCUGUUCAUACAAAAUCCAUGUUAAUGAAAUAUAGUGAAAAACCCGUGACAAAAGAACAAGGAGAAUUGAUGGCUCGUAAAAUGGGAUGUAUUUCAUAUAUUGAAACAAGUUCAAAAUUGGGAGAAGGUUUUGAGAGAUUUGAUGAAUUGAUUAUUAAGGCAGUUAGUGUGGGUAAGGAUGGUAAUUAUCAACCUUUCUCCAACCACUCGAAGAAGAAGUGUUAUUUACAAUAA